UCUUAGGUGGGGCGGGAUCCAUGUUCUGACUCUCCUCUCCUGUUUAUAGUUUUUUUCUCAUCCAGGAUCCUGACACGUGGCUGUUUGGGAAAGCCUGGGUGACCCACAGUUACUCCUGCAGCUAGCGGAUCCCUGCCCUCCGCUGCUGGAGUCUGGAGAAACUCAGCGGCGCAAGCCUGCCUUCAUCAAGCCGGCCUGGAUGGCAGGGACACACUGGUGCAAAGACUGCCGAAACCACAAGCAUUACUGGUUGCAAGUGCUUUUUGGACCGUGGGACGGAUGAAAGGUGGAAGCUGUAGGAAGCCCAACUGGGCUGUAGCUGCUCUGUUUAUUCCAGUUACCCUGCUGGUGCUUACCUCCAGGGGGGCCUCAAGCAGCCACAAGAUGACACAAACAGCUAUGGCUCAUGCAACAGCCUCGGCUGCAGGACCAGGCACCGGCCUGAUGGAGGACCUCCCAUGCCUCCGUGCAGUAGCAAACUUCUUAUCCAGCGAACAUGCUCAUGUUUGGCUCUUGUCCCUAGUGGGCUCUGUUGCUGUAGGCCUCAGUGGGAUUUUCCCCCUUCUUGUCAUUCCCAUUGAAGCUGGAGCUGCCCUCAAAACCGAAGCUGGUGGUCAGAAGUUAAAGCAGCUCUUGAGCUUUGCUAUUGGUGGUCUCCUUGGUGAUGUUUUCCUGCACCUCCUUCCUGAGGUGUGGGCGCUCUCCGCCUCUUCGGCUGGUAAACACAACCACUACAUGACCCAGGGCUUGUGGAUAAUCGUUGGCCUUUUGGCCUUCCUUCUCCUGGAGAAGAUGUUCCCAGACCAACACAGCCACGAGGAGGACCCCACUUCAAAUUCAGACCUGAAUUCUAACACUGCUUUGCAGUCUAAUUCAGAUUUCAGUGGAAAGGCAGUGGCAUCACUCAGAAAUGGGCACCAUGCUGAGUCAUGGAAAUCCUCUAAGCAGCAGAGCCUGCAGGAAAGAUCAGAGAAAAUCAAGACGAGUGGAUACCUAAACCUACUGGCCAACUGCAUUGACAACUUCACCCACGGACUGGCAGUAGCAGGAAGUUUUAUGGUUAGCAAAAAGGUUGGGUUCCUCACCACCUUUGCCAUCCUGCUCCAUGAAAUCCCCCAUGAGGUGGGAGACUUUGCCAUUCUGCUGAGGGCCGGGUUUGACCGGUGGAGUGCCGCCCGCAUGCAGCUGUCCACGGCGCUAGUCGGUGUCUUGGGGGCUUGCUUCGCUCUGUGCGCUCAGUCACCAAAAGGCACAGAGAAUGCCACUGCCUGGAUAUUACCUUUCACCUCUGGAGGCUUCCUCUACAUCGCCUUGGUGAAUGUGGUGCCUGACCUGCUAGAGGAGUCCAGUUUAAGGCAGUCCCUACUGCAGAUCCUUCUCAUUGUCUGUGGCGUGGCUGUGAUGGCUGUGCUCUCUGCCAUUGUUGACUGAAGAUGGAGGAAACCCCCCUCUUGCCUUAACCAAACACUAACACUAAGCAUUCUCCACCAACCCCUUAUAUCUGGUACCUUUCAUCUUUGUAAACUUUUCUUCACGUUUCACUACACCAAAUAUUUGACGGAAAAACGGACGACUGAAAGACUGACAGGACAUUUGUGUGGACACUUUUAAAAUGUACCAGCCUUCAACAUCAAGGAAAUGAAGAAGGUUUUGUCUGGAUCUCUGUUACCAAAUUGUCUUAUAUUGUUGAUCGACAAUCAUGUUGUUUUGCACAUACAUCUACACAGGUACGCUUGAUGUACCAGCUCAACAGAAAAGGUAUUAUUUGACAGCUAAGGACCUGCUUCCUUUAAAAUGUAUUCAACCCUAAAUUGUUUAAACAUUGUGUAUUGUUACUGUUACUUCUGAUGUGGCUGCUGCAUAUUUAUUAAAAAUUAGACAAGCAAAAUAUAGUUUAAUCAGACGUGAACCAGCAUCACUCCAUCAUUUUGUAUUGUUAAGAAAUAAGUCAGGAUGGUCUGUUACAAUAGCAUCAUGUCUUCACCAAAGUAUAUAUUUUUUUCCUGUUUUGUAUCUUCCCUGACACAGUACAGUCUGCACCUUUUUUUUGAUCUCUGCUUGAAUAAAUAAUUGUGAUAAAGUUGAAAUUGAAGAAAAGGAUUGGUACGGU